UCAGUAGAGUUUUGAAAGUCGGAGAGUCAUCAUCGUAAUAGAAGGAAGGGAAGUUUUUCUGUGCGUCUGAAAAGCAGGAAAGAAAGCUUGAAAGUAAGGUUGCGUUUUUGUGAAUCUGUAGCUGGAAAAUUCGAUUUAAUUUUCAUUUCAAGAACCAAUUGAUACUAUCGUCUGUAUUGGAAAACGAUGGCGGAAGGAAAGAGUGAGGAUUUGGCGACAGCUAUUUUGAAGCGCAAGGAUCGUCCCAAUCGUUUAAUUGUGGACGAAGCAGUGAACGAUGACAACUCGGUCAUUUCGCUGUCGCAGGUUAAAAUGGACGAACUGCAACUGUUCCGCGGGGAUACCGUGCUGCUCAAGGGAAAGCGACGCAAGGAAACGGUUUGCAUCGUACUCUCGGACGAGCACUGCCCGGAUGAGAAAAUCCGCAUGAAUCGUGUUGUGCGUAACAAUUUGCGCGUUCGUUUGGGGGACAUCGUGUCGAUCCAAUCCUGUCCGGAUGUCAAGUACGGCAAACGGGUACACAUUCUCCCACUGGACGAUACCGUUGAAGGUUUGACCGGCAAUCUGUUCGAUGUUUAUUUGAAACCGUACUUCUUGGAGGCUUAUCGACCAAUCCACAAGGACGAUACCUUCAUCGUCCGCGGAGGCAUGCGAGCUGUCGAGUUUAAGGUGGUCGGAGCAGAUCCGUCACCGUUCUGUAUUGUUGCUCCGGAUACGGUUAUUCAUUGCGAAGGUGAUCCGAUCAAGCGAGAAGAGGAAGAGGAAGCUCUGAACGCUGUUGGGUACGAUGAUAUCGGUGGAUGUCGUAAGCAACUGGCUCAAAUCAAGGAGAUGGUUGAGCUUCCAUUGAGACAUCCAUCGUUGUUCAAGGCCAUCGGUGUCAAGCCUCCGAGAGGUAUUCUCAUGUAUGGCCCCCCUGGAACCGGUAAAACCCUAAUUGCCCGGGCAGUUGCCAAUGAGACUGGAGCGUUCUUCUUCCUCAUCAACGGUCCGGAAAUUAUGUCGAAGUUAGCCGGAGAAUCGGAGUCCAAUUUGCGAAAAGCCUUCGAGGAAGCAGAGAAAAACUCUCCGGCUAUCAUUUUCAUUGAUGAACUCGAUGCCAUUGCACCGAAACGUGAGAAAACGCACGGUGAAGUGGAACGUCGUAUUGUUUCCCAGCUGCUAACGCUGAUGGACGGCAUGAAGAAGAGUUCGCAUGUUAUUGUAAUGGCUGCUACCAAUCGACCGAAUUCCAUUGAUCCGGCACUGCGUCGCUUCGGUCGGUUCGAUCGGGAAAUAGAUAUUGGUAUUCCGGAUGCAACCGGGCGGUUGGAAGUACUGAGAAUUCACACUAAGAACAUGAAACUUGCUGAUGAUGUCGAUCUGGAACAGAUUGCUGCUGAAUCUCACGGCCAUGUCGGUGCUGAUUUGGCCUCGCUUUGUUCUGAAGCUGCGUUGCAGCAAAUUCGUGAGAAAAUGGAUUUGAUCGAUCUGGAAGACGAUCAAAUCGAUGCCGAAGUGCUGAACUCUCUUGCCGUGUCGAUGGAGAACUUCCGCUACGCUAUGACUAAAUCAAGUCCUUCGGCUUUACGCGAAACGGUUGUCGAAGUGCCCAAUACGACCUGGACCGAUAUCGGAGGCUUGGAGAACGUCAAACAGGAGUUGCAGGAGCUGGUGCAAUAUCCGGUCGAACAUCCCGAUAAGUUCUUGAAAUUCGGCAUGCAGCCGUCGCGUGGUGUACUGUUUUACGGACCGCCAGGUUGCGGUAAAACCUUGCUGGCCAAGGCUAUUGCCAACGAGUGUCAGGCUAACUUCAUCUCGGUCAAAGGCCCGGAACUGUUAACUAUGUGGUUCGGUGAAUCGGAAGCCAAUGUACGUGACAUCUUCGAUAAGGCUCGUUCGGCUUCCCCUUGCGUGUUGUUCUUCGAUGAGCUUGACAGUAUCGCAAAGUCCCGUGGUGGUAACGUAGGAGAUGCUGGUGGCGCUGCCGAUCGUGUCAUAAAUCAGAUCCUUACCGAAAUGGACGGUAUGGGCGCUAAGAAGAACGUCUUCAUUAUUGGUGCCACCAAUCGACCCGAUAUAAUUGAUCCAGCAAUUCUGCGUCCUGGUCGUCUCGAUCAGCUCAUUUACAUUCCGCUGCCGGACGACAAGUCCCGUGAAGCCAUUUUGAAGGCCAAUUUACGUAAAAGUCCGGUUGCGACCGAUGUUGAUCUAACCUAUGUGGCUAAAGUAACUCAGGGAUUCUCCGGUGCAGAUUUGACUGAAAUUUGCCAACGUGCCUGUAAGUUGGCCAUUCGUCAGGCAAUUGAAGCAGAAAUUCGACGGGAGCGUGAACGCACGGAGAAACAGAGCUCGGCUAUGGAUAUGGACGAAGAUGAUCCAGUGCCGGAAAUUACUCGUGCCCACUUUGAAGAGGCAAUGAAAUUUGCCCGUCGCUCCGUAUCUGACAACGACAUCCGAAAAUACGAAAUGUUUGCCCAAACGCUGCAGCAAUCUCGUGGCUUCGGAAGCAACUUCAGAUUCCCAGGUGGUCAGGUGGGCGGUUCCAGCUCACAAGGUCAGGGCCCCAACCAACCGACGAGCAAUCCAGGUGACAACGGAGAUGACGAUCUUUACAGUUAGACUGCUGCAGUUUCUUUCCACAUCGAAAGCAACAUUAUACAAUUCGUAAUAUCAAAUGAGCGAGAAUGUCCAUCCGUUAGCCACCCAUUCCUCUUUUUUAAAUUCACCACGAAAACAUGCUCUAACUCAGUGUAUCUGUCUUUUUUUUUCGAACAGAGUUUGAAUCGAGAAUAUCGAAGCGCAUUGAAAAUAUGCGAGCAUAACAAUAGAUCUACUAUACACAAACAGAAACAAAAAAAAAACAGUACACAUUUUAAAGCGUAACUUACGAUGAUUAUCUUUUCCUUCUCUUUUAAAUUAUAUUUUUUUUCACAAACUUUCCGUUGCUGUCAAUAUCAACCAACGAACGUAAAACUUUGUUUUGGCUCGACGUUGCUUUUUUAGAAUGUGAGAGGUAUUGUCCAUCGUCGGAGUGAAGUAACUUAUUUCUUAGAUUGACUAAUGAAUUCAAACCAAAUGAUAAUCAAUUUAAACAGAAAAUGGGUGCAGUUUGAAAACUAAACUAAAUUUGGUCAGCACUUUUUGGUGCCGAAAACUGCGCAGAUAUGAAACGGAGACGUUCGAUUAAAAAAAACUAUUAUUUUCACCAUCCCUUCUUUAUAAAAUAUGUAGGAGUUCAAAGGCUAGAAAUGGUAAAAAAAACCUUGGUAAUGUAAUGAAAAAGCAGAAAACGAAUAAAAAAAAUUUAAAGCA